UUGGCUCGGGCUCGGCGGCCGUGCGCUGGGAUCUUAAAGGGCGACGGGAGCGCGGGCCGCGCCGGCCGGGCGGGGCCCAUGGCCAGCACCAGCAGCCACCUGUAUGAUGCUGUUCCAAUCCAGUCUAGUGUGGUGUUAUGCUCCUGUUCAUCCCCAUCAAUGGUGAGGAACCAGGCAGAUUCCAGCGCUCCAUCUGUCAUUUCCACCUGUGGCAGCAGACAGGGAUCUAACAUGGAGGGCACUGCAGCUGAAUCAAGAUCUAGUUCAAACUCCUUGCAGCAACAUACAGGACAGCAGCCUCCACAGCCUCGAAAGAAACGACCUGAUGACUUCAAAUUUGGGAAAAUUCUGGGUGAAGGAUCUUUUUCAACGGUUGUCUUGGCUCGAGAAUUGGCAAGUUCUAGAGAAUAUGCCAUUAAAAUUCUAGAAAAACGUCAUAUCAUAAAAGAAAACAAGGUGCCAUAUGUGACACGAGAGAGAGAUGUAAUGUCCCGCCUGGAUCACCCUUUUUUUGUGAAACUCUACUUCACCUUUCAGGACGAUGAAAAGCUAUAUUUUGGGCUUAGCUAUGCCAAAAAUGGAGAGCUGCUAAAGUAUAUACGCAAAAUUGGCUCAUUUGAUGAGACCUGUACCAGGUUUUAUACUGCUGAAAUUGUAUCAGCCCUGGAGUAUUUGCAUGGGAAAGGAAUAAUUCACAGGGACCUUAAGCCAGAGAACAUCUUGCUAAAUGAAGAUAUGCACAUUCAAAUAACAGACUUUGGAACAGCAAAAGUAUUAUCUGCAGAUAGCAGACAAGCACGGGCAAACUCAUUUGUAGGGACAGCACAGUAUGUUUCUCCAGAACUGCUGACAGAGAAAUCUGCCUGUAAAAGCUCUGACCUCUGGGCUCUGGGAUGUAUAAUAUAUCAGCUUGUAGCUGGAUUGCCUCCAUUUAGAGCUGGAAAUGAAUAUCUUAUAUUCCAGAAGAUAAUAAAGUUGGAAUAUGACUUUCCAGAAAAAUUUUUUCCCAAGGCAAAAGACCUUGUUGAAAAGCUAUUGGUUCUAGAUGCUACCAACAGAUUAGGUUGUGAAGAAAUGGGAGGAUAUGGACCUCUUAAGGCUCACCCCUUCUUCGAAUCCAUUGUGUGGGAGAACCUACAUCUUCAGACACCUCCAAAACUUACCGCGUAUUUACCUGCUAUGUCAGAGGAUGAUGAAGACUGUUAUGGAAAUUAUGACAAUCUCCUGAGUCAGUUUGGUUGCAUGCAAGUUUCUGGUUCUGCCUCUUCCCAUUCACUGUCUGGCCCAGAGACAAGUACACCACAGACAUCAGGAGGAAAUAUUGAACAGUAUAUUCAUGAUCUUGACAACAAUUCCUUUGAGCUGGACUUACAGUUUUCUGAAGAUGAAAAGAGGUUACUUCUGGCAAAACAAGCUGGUGGAAAUCCUUGGCAUCAGUUUGUAGAAAAUAACUUAAUCCUAAAAAUGGGCCCAGUGGACAAAAGAAAGGGAUUGUUUGCACGUCGGCGCCAAUUGCUGCUCACAGAAGGGCCCCACCUGUAUUAUGUGGAUCCUGUCAACAAAGUUCUAAAAGGAGAAAUUCCAUGGUCUUUAGAGUUGCGGCCAGAAGCCAAGAAUUUUAAGACAUUUUUUGUUCACACACCAAACAGGACAUAUUACCUGAUGGACCCGAGUGGGAAUGCUCAUAAAUGGUGCAAAAAGAUACAUGAAGUUUGGCGGCACAGAUACCACCAGAAUGCUGCUAAAUAGUAAAGCUCAUCCAAAAUUUCCCAGUUUCCCUACUUGCUGCUAGAACUCCGUGUGCAGCCGAUCAGAGGAAUCUUUUCAACCCACCUAUUACCAUCUCAAGGGGAAGCAUAUGUCUGAAAUGUUCUGUUUU